GUCAUCUUGCUAGCCGCAAUGGCUAAACCCCUGCUGCUCCCGUCGCCGGGCGCCGCGCCGCCGGCGGCUCGCCUCCUCCGCGCGACCCCACCCCUCCGCCUCCGCGCCCCCACAUUCCUCAACCAACCACAGCGCGCGCCUCCUCAAAGCCGCAACCUUUGCCCCUCCGUCUCCGCCGCCGCCGUACCCACCACCACCACCAAGCGCGGCGGCAGGCCGGUCAUCAGCGAGGGCAGGGACGAGGACGCCCGACGCGCCGUGUGCCCCGGGUGCGGUGUGUUCAUGCAGGAGGAUGACCCCGACCUUCCCGGCUUCUUCACCAACCCCUCCCGCCGCUCCCCCUCUCCGCAGGACGAAAUCGAACAAGAAGCAGCCGAUUCUUCUCCCGAUGGGUUCCUCGAGGACGAGGGGGAUGGAGAUUCGCCUUCAGAAUCCGAUCUCGCCGCCGAAUUGGACGGCCUGGAUACCGGUUUCCUCGAGUCCCUUGAAGAAGGCGAAGACGAAGAGGAUGAGGAUGAGGAGGGGGCCAGUGACGGAGAGCCGACGGACGGCCUCGACGCCGAGAGCGGCUGGGACUCCGACUGGGACGACGACGGGAUGGAGGACGACGAGGAGGAGAAGUGGAGGAGAGAGCUGGACGGGUUCACGCCGCCCGGAGUCGGGUACGGGAACAUCACAGAGGAGACCCUGGAGAGGCUGAGGAAGGAGAAGCUCUCCAAGGCGGAGCGGAGGCGGCGGGCGCGGGAGGCCAAGCGGGCCGAGGCGAGGGAGGAUUCGGCGGCGGUGGUCUGCGCCCGGUGCCACUCGCUGAGGAACUACGGGCAUGUCAGGAACCACAUUGCAGACAACCUGAUCCCGGACUUCGAUUUCGACCGCUUCAUAUCGUCCCGCCUGGUGAAGCGGUCUGCCGGCACGCCGGUCAUUGUCAUGGUGGUGGACUGCGCCGACUUCGACGGCUCGUUCCCGAAGAAGGCCGCCAGGUCGCUCUUCAAAGCGCUUGAGGGGAGGGGGAGCUCUAAGCUGAGUGAGACUCCGAGGCUUGUUCUUGUCGGCACCAAGGUGGAUCUGCUGCCCUGGGAGCAGAUGGGAGUGAGGCUUGAGAAGUGGGUGCGAGGCCGAGCUAAGGCUCUCGGAGCGCCGAAGCUCGAUGCCGUUUACUUGGUCAGCGUUCAUAAGGAUCUGUCCGUGAGGAACUUGAUCGCCUACGUCAAGGAAUUAGCGGGACCUCGUAGCAAUGUGUGGGUGAUUGGUGCGCAGAAUGCUGGGAAAUCUACGCUGAUCAAUGCGUUUGCAAAGAAACAAGGUGUGAAAAUCACAAGAUUGACAGAAGCAGCCGUCCCGGGAACUACGUUAGGGAUACUAAGGAUGACAGGGGUUUUGCCUGCAAAGGCUAAGGUGUAUGACACUCCUGGUUUGCUGCAUCCGUAUAUCAUGUCGAUGAGAUUAAACAGCGAGGAACGGAAGAUGGUUGAAAUCAGGAAGGAACUUCGACCGCGGACCUUCAGGGUGAAGGCAGGACAAUCCGUCCACAUUGGAGGGUUAACACGCUUGGAUGUACUAGAAGCUUCAGUUCAAACUAUCUAUGUAACUGUUUGGGCAUCUGCCAGUAUUUCCCUUCAUCUUGGAAAGACUGAAACUGCUGAAGAACUUCGGAGCAAACAUGUUGGCAUCAGGCUUCAGCCACCAGUUGCGCCAGAGCGAGCCACCGAGUUGGGCCAGUGGACAGAGAGACGAAUCGAAGUGUCCGGGAUCAGCUGGGACAUGAACAGUACGGACAUCGCGGUUUCUGGCCUAGGCUGGUACUCGCUGGGCCUGAAAGGCCGUGCCACCGUCUCCGUGCAUACUUUCGAUGGCAUCGAUGUGACGCAACGUGACGCGAUGAUCCUUCACCGAGCCAAGUUCCUCGAGAGGCCUGGGUUUUUGCUGCCCAUCGCCAUUGCAAAUGCUAUAGGCGAGGAGACCAGGAAGAAGAACGAGAGGAUGAAGGGUCAGCAGAGUGACGAUGAUGACCUUUUGGAUGAUGAAAGUAGUGAGUGACCACGUGAAAUGACUGUAGACAACUUCUGUCAUGGAACCUAUAUUUAGUGAGAGACCCUUGCUUGUAAAAGGUGAACAUUGCGUUAGAAUUGUUAGAUAGGAGUGAAAGAAAAUGGCCGAUGUUUCUAGCUGGUCAUUGUGAUCUGUGAAGUGUACUACACCCAACCCAACAGGAAUGUAGAAGAAGUCGCUAAUAACUGAGAGAAAGGAGAUGAUAUUUCUGCCACCUUGCGCACAAUACAAUACUUUGGGGUCGUUUGAUAGUUCUUAUUUUAUUCA